AUGGCCGCUCCACCAACCUCGUGCCGCCUCGCCCUCGGCCUCAUACUCAUCGGCGCCCUCUGCUCCACCGUCGUCGCCGCGCGCUUCGCCCCGGUGGACAACCACCUCCUCGCGUGUGGCGCGGCGGCGCCGGCCGUCCUCCCCGACGGCCGCCGCUUCGUGUCGGACUCCGACUGUGCGUCCACCCGCCUCCGUAAGGCGCUGUACGAGCUCUACUUCAAUAUCUACGUCAAUGGUGAUCUGGCAGUCAAGGAUUUCGAUCUCUCCAGUGUCAACGGAUUCUUGGCCUAUCCUUAUUACAUUGACUUUAUUGUCGAUGUGAAGGAUGAAGGGAUACUGAAAUUGGCGAUUGGUGGCUCGAAGAAGAGUCUAUCUGAUGAAGUAAGUGGCAUCCUUAAUGCACUGGAGAUAAAGAGGAUGAACAAGACCAGUGGAGGUAUGGAUGGAGACUUCUCAAUUGAUCUAGACAUGGAGUAUGUGGUGGGUAAGGGGAUUGGAGAAUUUGCCCGCUCCCUGCUCUGUGGUUUCAUCUUUGCUGGGUUGUUUGUGGCUUUGGUCAUGCUGGUGCUGAGGUUGAGAACCGAGCUGAGGAAUAACAGUGGAGCUUGGUCCUGGAGACCGAUCGGCUUCGUGGCCGUAGCUCCUGGCGCCCUAUGGUCAGGCCCAUCGGUGGACUGUAAAAGAGUAGUGAUUGAAGAUACUGUAAUUGCUAUCAGUUUUGUAAAGGGAAUCCCUUCUGUAAAUUGUUCAAGUGCUAGCAAACAAUUUGUGAUUACAGAAGACGUAAAUAUCGUCAUUGUGUUGUAA